ACGUCUUCCGUCUAACACCUCGUUUGGACCCUAAUCAUUUUACGUAAGAACCUUUAAUUUUUAUCUACCAAUUUCUACCCAAAUUUUGUCCCCAUAUUUCAAUCGCUUACGCUUUAUCAUGCUCCGCCGCUACACCCGACGCCAACCACACACCAUGACUCCACACGUACCGACGUCCCCUUCGAGUUCUAACGCCUCGAACUCGUCGAUUUCCCCACCUAAUAGCCCCCUUGCCUCGCCUGGCCGCUGUUCAUCGCCCAACCUUUCGAUCGAUUCGACUGACAUGGCCACUCUCCAAAUUCUAAACGACUUACAAUUAUCCCCCUUACCUAAUCAACCUCCCUCGCCCGUCCUCUCUUGUCCACCAUCCAAAUUACUCACCCGUCCCAUACCUAAUUUUACCGCUCCUCCAAAUCUGGUCGCGCCAUAUUUCUCCCCAACUUUCGAUCACGGCUACCCAAAACGUAACACUCCCUCGCCCAAACCUUCUACUUCGGCCUCCUACUUUGAACAUAACAGCGCUCCCCGCGCUACCACAAAUACUCCCUCCUCGCCCCAACCUUCCACUUCGGCCGCCUAUUUCGAUUCCCAUAGCGUUGCCUGCGCUACCUCACCCCUACCAUCUACCUCGGCUUUUCGUUUCGACCCCAAACACGUAGACCUCCUUCACAUUUUCCAUAUGGUUUCCCAACCUAACUUUUCCCCGCCUGAAUACCUAAUUUCCGACCCCAAAGCCAAAUUCGAUGCGACCUCACUCCGUUCCCAUCUCCAACGUUUUUGGAUCGCUAAAAUUCAAUCCGACCGCCUCGAAUCCGCGAUCCAAAUGGAGGACUUUCCCUCUAAUUUUUACCCCAACACCCCGCUCUAUUUUCACGACCAAGAGCCCGCCUUCAUACAGGAAUGGCAAAACCAUUCUCUGUCUUUCGCCCACGAGCUUAGAGAAAUCUCAUUCGCUUUUGCCAAAAAAAUAGAAAAACAACGUUUCUCCGACGCCAUUCUUUGCAUCAGGCAAUUUUUCGAUAUCAACCCUGACCUCACACAUUUCGGCGUCAUCAUUAAAAUUGCCCAUGAGGCUUUCUCCCACGUCUCUAAGCUCGACUCCGACGGCACACUCGACCCGACAAACCCCCUCUGCCCGUCCGAUUGGUAUACCACCACCGAACCAAGGCAGAGGUACACAAACUCGACACGCACGCACCCACGACAGUCAAAAAACGACGGGGCUCACCCACCCAGUCCAACCAUUCAAUCCGCCCCAACCAAAACGACUACCCCCCUAUCGACUCGCAACACAUACGACCCGCCAGCCCUAAUGUCGCUCCACAUACCCAAACCAAAACGCCUCCACAAAAAUCUAACCAAAUUGUCCCGCCUAAAACACGCAAAUCCAAGGAACAACAAUUAAUUCGUUUUCUCGGCACCACCUACCCUCUCGGUAUCAACUCCCACCCCACUAAAGCGCAAAUGUUCCUACACAA